AUGGAAAAGUUUUCAAACUGGAGAGACAAAGCUACUGGUAUAUCACCAUUUAUGCCAUUCCCAUUCCCCCAUUCGGCCAGUAAAGGAAAUAACAGCAGUAGUAGCAGUAACACCUACAAGUUCAUCACAUCUUCCAAAUUCAAUGCAAUUUUAUACAAAUUUAUAUUAUUUUGCACCAAAUUACCAAUAUUCUUGACUAAAGUACCAUUUUUCAUCAUUGUUUCAACCCUAUAUACAUUAACUGGAUUCAAACUAUUCCUCACUUUUACAUUUACGUUUUUAUUUGGGUUUAACCCCAUUGAAAUUGCCGUUGAUGGUGUCAAAUCAUCACAACGUGAUAAAUUGCAAAGCUAUAGACCGAAACGGGGUGAAUUGGUAAUUGCCAAUUAUUCAUCUCCUUUGGAUGGAUACAUUAUUGCUUCAGUAUGUCAGUCAUCUUCCAAUAUUGUCAUUCUUGUGCCUGAUAAACAAGGCGAUUUGUAUCAAUACACCCCAUGGAGUUUAAUUGAUCAUUGUUUUAACCAAAUUCAAGGCAAGGGCCCAGUAGAAGAUGUGUCCAAGUUAAAAGAUAAGUUAGUGGUGUUGCUAUUAGAAGGUACUACGUCGAAUAAUUCGGCAUUGUUGCCAUUUAUCAAAUUGAAUGACAAGUAUACCUGGGAUGAUUUCGACAGGGUAAAGUCAUUGGUUAUUAAAUUGUAUCCCAAUUAUUUUACAUUGCCAAUCCCUUAUAUUUCAAGCUUGUAUUAUCUUUAUCAGUUAUUGACUGAUUUUACUAGAAAGAAUGCCAGAGUCAAGAUUUAUGACUUUGAUAAUACCGGAAACAACAACAACAAUAAUAAUAACAAGGGUACAAAGCAGUUGGAUAUAUCUAAAAUUAGACGAACUUUUGAAUUGAAUUCGUUGAAUUUGAUUAAUCAGGAUUUAAGUAUUGAUGCCAAAGCGAGAUUUAUUGAUUACUAUUUUAAUCAUAGUGUUAAGUAG